UAGUUUGAGUUUACAUUUCUUAAGCCAUCAAAGCCUAUUCUUACCAAAGCUGGUAUUAUAAAUAUAAACUGUGUGCAAGAAAAACCCCUCUUUUUGCCUUUUUCAAUCAUUUGUUUUUGUUUGUGGAAUCAGUUAACUUGUAAAAGCUAAAUAACAAUAACAAUGGCCUCUCUUUGUUAGGACCAUAAUACUUGAUUGCCUGAGAAGCCUAUAACUCCGGCUUCUGCAAUGCUUUCUUCAUUUCUUUGCACUCAGAGAGCUGAUAAUCAUACCGCCAUGGUUAGAGCUUAAAAGGAGGAAACCACAACCCAUCGUAAUAAGUAUUUUGACUUGAAAUUGACCUUUUUUAGGACAAAUCUCGUGUUACAUAACAUUAAGCAUGGUGUGCUUAAUGUUUGAAAAACUUCCUUGAGUUCACGUUACGUUUAAAGCAAGUUCAACCAAGACCAUAAUAAGCAGCAGAUUGAAUGGGCCAGAACAAGUAAAACUACUUGUGUAUGCGUUUUCCACGCACCCCAUUUUCUUCUUCCACAUGUGAAUGAACAUACAAUUUUCCAUAAUGGAAGCAGAAGCAGAAGCAGAAGCAGCAGCCAUCACACGAGAUUGAGAUUUGAGGAUGAGAGAGGCUUAAAUUCGUGCUGUUGGGCCAACCAUUUUGUGAGCAAAAUCCUCCAGAGUUGAAAACUUCCUCAGCUGGUCCUUUAUUCUCAACAAAGUUUCUUCCUUUUUUUUUCCCUCUCGCCAUGUACCCACCCCACCAAAGAAACCACAGCAGUUAUUUUUUUCAAAUUAAAGGUCAAUUUUUUAACUGUCAAGAAGAUUGAAAACGGAAUCAAACCCCACCCCAGAAGUAUUUUUCAAACUAGCAAUGGGGUUUGAUUAAGUUUACGGCUAAUUAUUCUGUUUUUGUUUAUUUAAUUUUAAUUGUGUAACCAAUAAAUAUACAAGUCAAAGUUAACGGGGAAGACGAAAAGGGACGAUAUUUCGCAGAAGCUUCCUAGCUGCUGUGCAGCUUGCUAUAUUGCCUUCCCUUCCCCAUCCACCACCCAACUCGUCUUGUUCGUCGCUUGAUCUGUAACUUUUGGUGAAGCCCAGAAUCUUAUUUCGGAGAACUUUCCUUGUGCUGGCCUUCGCCGGCUUGGCUUGCCAGAAUUUUUAUUUCUAAGCAACUGAAUCACAUAUCCGAUCCCAACUAGUGGGCCCCGACUGCUUCUUGUCUUAUUUUCGCCCCUUCUUGCUUUUGAGGGUUGGUAUCUCAGCUCGAUUUGGAGUGUUCUUGAUCAUUCUGCAGCUGGGAUUCGACCUGGAUAUCCUCGUUGCAUCAGUUCAAGUUCACCUCCAAUCUGAUGGGAUCAAUAGAGGAGAAAACAAAUUACCUAUCAGAUGAAGAGAUUCCAUUCAGGUCAUCACCAGUCGCGAAGAAUGUAUUGCAUAGUUUUGAUUUUGAGACGGCUCAUGUGCGUUCUUCCCCAGAUGCUUCAACAUGGUGGAAUAUUAACAACAUUCGUAUUAGACCUCUCAAAAGUGCAUAUAUAGUGUUGGUUAGAGCAAAGAUCAACGUGUUGCUACCUUUUGGUCCUUUGGCAAUUCUGCUACAUUAUUUAACUGGAAAACAUGGAUGGGUCUUCUUUUUCACUUUACUUGGAAUUACACCUUUGGCAGAACGUCUUGGUUAUGCAACUGAGCAACUUGCUUUCUACACUGGUCCAACAGUUGGUGGUCUUUUGAACGCAACUUUUGGAAAUGCAACCGAAAUGAUUAUAUCAAUUUACGCAUUAAAGAGUGGGAUGAUUAGGGUUGUUCAACAGUCAUUACUGGGGUCAAUCUUGUCAAAUAUGCUCCUAGUUCUUGGUUGCGCUUUCUUCACUGGUGGGAUUAUUCAUCAUAAGAAGGUGCAGACUUUUAAUAAGGGUACUGCUGUUGUGAAUUCAGGAUUGUUGUUGAUGGCUGUUAUGGGAACAACUUUUCCGGCUGUGCUUCAUUUCACCCACACAGAACUUCAUUUUGGGGAGUCAGCAUUGUCUCUUUCAAGAUUUAGCAGUUGUAUAAUGUUAGUUGCAUAUGCAAGCUACCUUUUUUUUCAACUAAAAAGUCAGCAUAAUCUUUAUGGUCCUCUUGAUGAGGAAGUUGAUGAUGGAGAUGCGGAUGCUUCUGAAAUGUUUGCCUGGGAAGCAAUUGGAUGGCUUGCUAUCUUGACUGUAUGGGUGUCUGUUUUAUCUGGAUACCUUGUGGAUGCCAUCCAGGGAGCAUCCGAGUCAUUAAAUUUGCCAGUGGCGUUUAUUAGUGUAAUUUUGUUGCCCAUUGUUGGAAAUGCUGCCGAACAUGCAAGUGCAAUCAUGUUUGCCAUGAAGGAUAAGCUUGACAUAACCCUUGGAGUUGCUAUUGGAUCAUCUACACAAAUAUCCAUGUUUGUGAUCCCGUUUUGCGUGGUCGUUGGAUGGUGCAUGGGAAAACCAAUGGACUUGAACUUUAAACUCUUUGAGACAGCAACUCUGUUUAUCACCGUGCUAGUGGUAGCCUUUAUGUUGCAGGAAGGGACAUCAAAUUAUUUCAAAGGUCUAAUGCUUAUUCUAUGCUACCUCAUUGUGGCUGCCAGUUUUUUUGUACAUGUUGACCCUAGCAAUGAUGAUGAUUAACCCUCAAAGCAAGUUGGCCCUGGAACUUUACUGCAAGCUGAACUUUCGCAUUGCAUUAGUUCUCAAACCACCAUUGCUGCAGUUCGUUGGAACCUGCAAACAUUAGAGGACUCACAGAAAUGGUUUUGAUUGUAUGGAGUUUGGCUUCAUUAGCUAAACUGUACUGUAAUAUUUUUUGUGGUCUGACAGUUGAUCUUUUCUCUUCAUUUGUCAUCUUCCUCUUUAACUUGUCUAUCAUAAACUUGAGCUGUAAUCUAUAUUCAUUAAUUGUAAGAUCUUCCUUUCAACGUU